CCCCCACGCACACUUGCACUGAGUUUUGCCCCCCUCCCCUGCCCCCUGCUUGGUGUAGAUCAUGCCGCCAGUGGCGGCCCUGACUGCCGAGAAACGGUAGCUUAGGACAAUUGGCUGUUGAGUGACACUGAUUCUCCCUGCCCCGCCUGACCCUGAGAAAGAAGCACGUCCCUCGCCUCGAAAGGGGGGUGGGGAAGUGGGUAGUGAAUUCGGAUCCACUUGGGAGGGGGGAGUGGAAGUUCCCGCCCCGGACUGCAGCGAGGCGGCAGCCACAGUUGAUUAUGGAAGAUUCCCACAAGAGUAACACUUCAGAGACUACACCUCAACCUGGUUCAGCAGUUCAGGGAGCUCAUAUUUCUCAUAUUGCUCAACAGAUGUCAUUAAGAGGAUCUUCGCCAGUGACAAUUGUACCUCUUCCUGGAAAGCAAGUACAGGUUCAGGGGGUCAUCCAGGCAGCUCAUUCUUCUGUAAUUCACCCACCACAUGUGCAAACGGUAUCAUCUUUAUCGGAAAGUGAGGAGUCUCAGGACUCAUCUGACAGCAUAGGCUCCUCACAGAAAGCUCACGGGAUCCUAGCACGGCGCCCAUCUUACAGAAAAAUUUUGAAAGACCUCUCUUCAGAAGAUACACGAGGCAGAAAAGGAGACGGAGAAAACCCUGGAGUUUCUGCUGUUACUUCUAUGUCUGUUCCAACUCCGAUCUAUCAGACUAGCAGCGGACAGUAUAUUGCCAUUGCCCCAAAUGGAGCCUUACAGUUGGCCAGUCCAGGCACCGAUGGAGUACAGGGACUUCAGACAUUAACCAUGACAAAUUCAGGCAGUACCCAGCAAGGCACAAUCCUACAGUAUGCACAGACCUCUGAUGGACAACAAAUACUUGUGCCCAGCAACCAGGUGGUUGUACAAACUGCAUCAGGAGAUAUGCAGACAUAUCAGAUCCGCACCACACCUUCGGCUACUUCACUGCCACAGACUGUGGUGAUGACAUCCCCUGUGACUCUAACAUCUCAGACAGCUAAGACAGAUGACCCCCAAUUAAAAAGAGAAAUAAGGUUGAUGAAAAACAGAGAAGCUGCUCGAGAAUGUCGCAGAAAGAAGAAAGAAUACGUGAAAUGCCUGGAAAAUCGAGUUGCAGUCUUGGAAAAUCAAAAUAAAACUCUAAUAGAAGAGUUAAAAACUUUGAAGGAUCUUUACUCUCAUAAAAGUGUUUGAUUCGUAAGAAAGUAUUUUUGUGGACUUACCUAAAAAAUAGAUAGAUUUCUUUUCUUUUUUUAGUGGAGUUUUAUAAAUUAAAAGGUCAAAAGUAAAGCUAGUUUUUAUGUAGGCUUUUGCAACUCAAAGAUAAAUGUCUUAUGCAAGAGAUAUGGUGACAGAGGAAAGUGGAAAAUGACCUCAAGGAAGCUACUGGCACAACUGGAAGCUCUGUAAAAAUUAAACAUACUCAAGCAAGAAAUGAACUUUCAUCAAUUUGAAUUUUCUAAAUAAUAAUAGUUGUCAAUCCAAAAAUGACAGAUAAAAUGGAUUUGGUAAAUUGAAUUUUAGAAAAUAAGUCAAUUUACCCUAUAGGUUUGCAUUUCUUACCGUUUCCUGAAAUUUACCUUUUUCAGUUGUGUAUUUCAUUUCUACCAGUAAAUUCUAAAUUACAAAUAUAAAAGAAAACCUGAUUAAUUUCUAAAUAUAUAAAUUAUGUGUUCUGAUUAUGUAAAUGUGUUCUAUUGUCAAGUCUUUUAAAUGGGUUUUUAAGUUUGUUUGUUGGACUUGAGAGGGUUUUUUGAGACUGGGUUAACUAUUUUUAAGGGCUUGUCCUAAAAAGCAUCUAAGGUACAUGAAUGGAAUAUGGUAAUUUUGUAACAUUUUUAUCAGAAUGGAAAUGGAACUAUUUAAAAGUUUGAUACUUUUAAAUAUUUGGUUUUUUGGUUACUCUGGUAAGGGAGAUUUUUUUUAAAACAAAUGUAUAAUAAAUUGGUUUUUUGAUUCUGUAUCCUGUAUGCAGUUGAAUAUCCAUUAAUCUGUUGUGCUUUAAUAGAAUGAAAUGUUUACAGRCCCUUAAAAUACUAUUUUUUAAAAACCUAAAGAUGCAUACCAAAGUUUUUCCAAGAUUUUAUAAUCAAUUUAAUGUAAGGUUUAUCAGAUUCUAAAAUAGUAAAAGUUUUUAAGGCAAUUUUAUGUUAGAGACUAUUUGUAAUAUGUAGCAAAUGGUACCUUUAUAAGAAGAGUGACUGCCAAUAUAUUUUUAUAGCUAAUCUUUAUAAAUUUUAAUGUUGAGUUUUUAAUGAUUAUUUUAAAUGUUUAUAUAGUUUAGUUAAAACUUGCAUCUCAAAGUAUCAUUUUUAUAUUAUGGGAAGUAAAGUUUUCAGAUUGGCUAAUAUUUAAAUUUUAGGUUUUAUAUACAGUUUAUCUAAAGUUCAAAAUACUGUCAUUACAGCAAUGUUURACCUCUGUACCCUAAUUUGUGUACACUUUGAAACUGUACUGCAAAAAACUAUUGUGUGCUUCUUUUACUAUGCUUCAUAUUGUUGAUGAAAUUAAAGGAUAUUUGAUAAAAUCAGGUUUGUUGAAUGUAAAAUAUAAUGCUUGAUAUUCAAAUGAUAACCUUGCUGAUAAACUAUUCUGUUAAUCAUACUAACUAUACUGCUUUUCUAGUUUCAAAGUCAAGAUACAUUUAACAGUUCUAGUCUAUUCAACCUGUUUUAAAAGGGAAUCUAUUUUUUUUUUUACUCAGAAUCAGUUAUAAUAAACUAAACUAAAA